UUUUCUUGCUGCAACUGUGCGAUACAUAUAUAAAAAAACAAAACAAUAAGGGUUUAUCUAGGGUUUAAACAAAUCACCAAAAACAGCAGUGGAACAAUUUCCGCCCUCUAAAAUUCUAGGGUUUGAAGAAAGAUGGGAGUUGACAAAGGGAAAAAGCAGAAAUUAGAAGAAAACAACGCAACAGAGCACAUUGAUACAGACCUACUCCUAUCCAUUGAGAAGCUCCAGGAAGCCCAAGACGAGCUUGAAAAGAUCAAUGAAGAAGCUAGUGAAAAGGUCUUGGAAAUAGAACAGAAGUACAGUGAGAAAAGGAAGCCUGUCUAUGAUAAGCGUAAUGACAUCAUAAAGUCAAUUCCAGACUUCUGGAUGACUGCUUUUCUGAGUCAUCCUGCCCUUAGUGAACUUUUAACUGAAGAAGACCAAAAGAUUUUCAAAUAUUUAACUACCCUCGUAGUGGAAGAAUCUAAAGACUUGAAAUCGGGUUAUUCAAUUACAUUUAACUUCAAACCCAAUCCGUAUUUUGAAGAUACCAAACUCACAAAGACUUUUACCUUCCUUGAGGACGGAACAACAAAAAUAAGCUCUACAUCAAUUAAGUGGAAAGAAGGCAAAGGCCAUUCCAAUUUUGUUGAUGAGAUGAAAGGGAACAAGCGGUCUCAUUCUGAGGAAAGCUUCUUUACCUGGUUUAGUGACACCCAGCAUAAGGAUGAUAUAGUGGAGAUUCAUGAUGAGGUUGCCGAGAUAAUCAAGGACGAUCUCUGGCCAAAUCCUCUCUCUUAUUUUAACAAUGAGGCUGAUGAAGAAGAUUUUGACGUGGAUGAUGGCGAUGAUGAGGAAAACGGUAGUGAUAGCUCAGAAGAGAACGACAGGGACGAUGAAGGUGAAGAUGGCGACAAGUAACUACUGAAUUUUACUAUACUUUGCGUAUGUGUGCUUUUUCGUAGACCACGUCGUGGCAUCUGUAAAGGAGGUUCUAGGAUGGUGAAGAGAGCGAGUAAAAGAGCAUAUUACUGUUGACUGUUUUUCCCCUGUUCUCUCCUUAAAGAGGGGGGAAAAAGCCUUAAUAUCUUCAUUGACUUGAUUGUAAGUUAUACCGUUAAAUUGUUUGUGAAAUUCAUCUAUCACUAUUUUUUCGGGUGUAUCUCAACUAGCUGCUCAUUUUAAUUGACAUUUUUAUUUUAAUCUCA